UUCCGUUUCUUUCCUUGCAGCUAGCAGAAGUAAAUAAAAAAAGGGAGAAGUUGCAGAUAAAUAUUUGAGGAUAUCUUCCGUUAUCGGGAAAAAAUGCCCCGUGGAAGCGAGAUCCCGGAAGGCAUCAGAUCGAUAGCUGUCGAUCUGCACAAAGCUGGGAAGGGCUACAAGUUCAUUUCAAAGACUUUAGAGAUUCCUCCCUCCACCGUAAGGAGCAUUAUCGUUAAGUGGAAACGGUUUAACACCGUGGCCACGCUGCCACGGAGUGGGAGACCCACGAAAGCUGGAAAAGUCCCCAGAUUGAACCUCAGAAAUCUGGUCAGCUUUUCGAAGGGGAAUCCGAAAAGAAAACAGAAAGGACAGUUGGAUGAGGAUGAUCCUACCAGUGAUAAAGAUGAAGAUCCUGAUGAGCCAAACGACAUCAGCGAGGCGUCAGGAGCUGCAUCGAAUGCAGAUUCUAAGGCGCCUCAUACAGAACCUUCUAAAGAAGGUCGGGGGUCAUCCAGAUCGACCCUUCUCACUGGAGACGAAGAAAUGAGAGACGGGAACAGCAGCAAUCAAGAGGGUGACAACGCAAGGCAGUCUGAGUCGGAUGAAGAAGAUCCCAUGACCAGUUUCCAGUUUGCCAGAUCAGCAGCGGAAGACGAGGACCACAAAAGGGUUGAACCUCCCGGACGAGCCUCUGACAGAGAAGAUUCAGAAAAGACUCCAAAGAAUUUCAGCAUUAUUGAUGAAGACGGAGACGAGGCAGAACCAUCGGAUACUGAUGAAGAAGAUCCACUGGCCAAUUAUCUUUUUGCAAGAGCCAAAGGUGGAACUGGAAAGUCUUCACACCAUGAGAAGCAGAAAAGAUCAACUUCCAGUGAUGACGCCUCAGAAGAAGAUCCAAUGGAGCAGAUAUUUGACCCCAAGUUUGAUGGAGAGAAGAAGAUUUACUCUGGUUCCUCAGUCAGUGUGAGAGCUCUCCUCCUCCUCCUCUUGACUUUCGUCCUGAAGCACGACUUGUCAAAAGCAGCCACCAAAGACCUGCUGGCCCUCCUCAACCUCAUGGUUCCUGGGUGCAUUCCCAGCUCUCUGCGUUUUUUAAAGAAACAUUUGACUGAAAUUGACAAGAAGACCGAGCUCCACUUGUACUGCCCCAGGUGCGAAAACUACCUGGGUAUUGAACCUGGUACUGAAUGUGGAGUGUGUCAGCAACGCUUGAGCAAAAAAAGUCUGCUAGAGAAGGCAAACUACUUCCUGGUGAUGCCGCUAGAAAUCCAGCUGCGGAAAGUCCUCACUCGUAUUCACUCAAAGUUGGGAAAGCAUUUCACCAGACAAAACUUUGUCUCUGACAUCAACACUGGAGGUGAAUAUAGGCAUGAUGAGCAGGAAGGCAGUAUUACGCUAACCUUUACAUGUGACGGUGCUCCUCUUCUCAACUCAUCCAAGUUUUCCGUCUGGCCCAUCCUGUGCACCAUAAACCAACUUCCAUAUGUGGAGCGGUGUAAGAACGUUCUUCUGCACACUUUGUGGUUCGGCAAAGGAAAGCCUCUGCUGCAGUGUUUCUUCACGCCGUUCAUCAACGAACUCCAUAAACUUUCUCACGAGGGCUUCACUUGGGAAGAUGAGAGCGGUUUAGAACUCAACACCAGAGUGACGGCCAAAAUCUGCGUCUGUGAUUCUUUGGCAAGGUCAGCGGUGCAGAACUUCCAGCCAUUCAGUUCGGAGUUUGGCUGUGGGUUCUGCUACCACAAGGGGGAGCUGGUUCAGAAGGGCCGGGGUUACACCAGAGUCUAUCCUGUACAAGCUGACGGCUGUGACCUGCGGCACAUGGCUGAGACGGAGCAGCUGGCCUCCUUAGUGGUCCAGAAUGAGUAUCCACAGGGUCAAAUGGGCGUCAAAGGUCACAGCCCGUUGCUUCUGUUGCCUUCGUUUGACGUCAUCAAAGGGUUCAUCCCUGAUUACAUGCACUGUGUUUGCCUUGGGGUUGUCCCAGAGUUUGUCAAUCUCUGGUUGGACCCUCUUUAUGCCAGGAAGCCCUUCCAUCUUCCAGCUCAGAGUUUGAAGGACCUGGACGAAGCUUUGUGUGGAAUCCAGCCUCCCGAUGAGAUCAGACCAAGACCUCGGGGCCUCAGUGACAGGAUGCAUUGGGAAGCAUCUGAGUGGAGAGCCUUUGCUCUCCUCUACUCUCCUGUAGUACUUAGGAAAGUUUUAGCAAACGUGUACUAUAAACACUGGAUGCUUCUCAUUUCAUCUCUUCACAUCCUCCUUUCUAAGUUUGCCUCUCAAGAGGAGAUCAGCUUUGCAGAGGUGUGCCUCCUUCAAUUCGUCACAGAGGUUCCUUCUCUGUACGGCCUCGAGCACUGCUCCUUUAACUGCCAUUUGCUGGUGCAUCUCCCUGACUGUGCCCGUAACUGGGGUCUGCUCUGGGCCAACUCGGCCUUCGUCUUUCAUGACGUCCAAAGCAGACUCCUGCAGACGUACUCCAGGACUCAGUCUGCCUCUCCGCUCAUCUUUAAGCAGUUUGUUUCCUUCAAUGAGAUCGUCAGAAAAGGAAAAGAUGUGCUGAAAGAUGCCGGUGCAGAAAUCACAAGCCUCUUUUCUUCUAUGACAAGCUGCGGUUCGCUUACCAAGUCCUCCAACUACAUCGGAGAAGAUGUUUUUACUUUGGGAUGUGGCUCUCAGAGAUCUCUAACUGCCAGAGAACUUGCUACAUUGCAGAACAAAGAUACAUGGCCCACUACUGAAUACUCCUGUUUCGUCUCCAGAGGUAUGUUGGUCACUACUUUAGACCACAGCGUCUCAUGCAAAAGGAACAACUCGGUCAUAGAAACGACAAGCGGCUUUGGUCUGGUGGAGUCUGCGGUUGUCAUAGAAAAGGAUUGCAGCUGUGACAAAUCCUCCAGCUGCUCCUGCAGAGAACUGGUUGUUUUUUGUAGAAAACUGCUCUCAGCGAACUCCCAGCCAACAAUCCUGAACACGCAGAUCAACAGAAACAUCGUAGAGUUCCUGGUGAGAGUGAGGAGCUCAGAUGAACUGUUUGUAGUGACGUGUCAGAGCAUAAUCUCCAAAUGUUUUGUGAUGCAACAAAAGGGUGGGCUAUACCUAAUGAGACUGCCGGCAAUCAACACUCUAUAAGGGUUCCAUGCAGUGUUUCCAUAAUCUCGCAACAGUUUUAUGUGAUAAACCUUAUUUUCCGUGUGGUGAUUAGAUAUUUAUGAAAUUCAACCAUCCUGCAUUUUUGGCAGUGGUGGCUUGUUCAUGUUGGGAGUUAAAGAUGCUCUACUAUAAAAGAGCAUUAUUCAGUACAUGACUGG